AUGCUCAACAAAGCAUUGGGCACUUUACAAGUUGAAACUCUACUCAAAAUGGGCGUGUUUAUUCGUGAUUUACAUCAAAAUAUCGAGAAACUUCAUUCAGAGCAAACGAAUGAUAUUCAUACACUCUAUCGGGGUAAAACCAUGACCAAGAAAGACUUCGAUAGUAAAAUUCAACAAGGUGGUCUCAUGUCAUUUAAUAAUUUUCUAUCAACAAGUGAAGAGCGCAAGGUAGCUCUUCAUUUUAUCGAAGAAGGUCUCAACUCCAACAACAAGAACAAAAUUGGUGUUCUCUUCGAAAUGACUAUUGAUCGAUCGAUUCCAUCGGCUCCAUUCGCGGACAUCCAAAAAUUUAGUUAUUUCAACACAGAAAAUAACACAGAAAAAGAAAUUCUUUUUUCAAUGAACACAGUUUUUCGCGUCCAGCAAAUGAAAGAAAUACAAGAUAGUGGAAUAACAAUAUGGCAAGUUAAACUUACACUCACGACUGAAAAUGAUGACAAACAGCUUAAUGCUCUUACAAAACAAAUCCGAGAGGAGAUCACUGGAACAGGAUGGCAACGAAUGGGCUGCUUGUUAUGGAAACUGGGCGAGAAUGACAAAGCAGAACAGGUGUACAACAUGUUACUCGAACAGACAUCCAAUGAGAGCGAUAAAGCUUAUUGUUAUAACUUUCUUGGAAUGAUCAAACGAGGUCUAGGACAAUACGAAGAAGCCAUUAAGUUUUACGAAAAAUCACUUGAAAUCGACAAAAUAGCUCUCCCUCCGAAUCAUCCCGACUUGGCUCAAUCCUACAACAACAUCGGUAAUGUGUAUAGUGACAUGGGCGAGUACUCAAAAGCACUUUCAUCGUACGAACGAUCACUUGAAAUCAAGAAAAUAGCUCGCCCUCCGAAUCAUCCCGACUUGGCUAUUUCCUACAACAACAUCGGUUCCGUGUAUGAUAACAUGGGCGAGUACUCGAAAGCACUUUCAUCGUAUGAACGAUCACUUGAAAUCAAGAAAAUAGCUCUCCCUUCGAAUCAUCCCGACUUGGCUGCUUCCUACAACAACAUCGGUAUGGUGUAUGAUAACAUGGGCGAGUACUCGAAAGCACUUUCAUCGUACGAACGAUCACUUGAAAUCAAGAAAAUAGCUCUCCCUCCGACUCAUCCCGACUUGGCUGGUUCCUACAACAACAUCGGCGAAGUGUAUAGAAACAUGGGCGAAUACUCAAAAGCACUUUCAUCGUAUGAACGAUCACUUGAAAUCUGGAAAAUAGCUCUCCCUCCGAAUCAUCCCAACUUGGCUUCUUCCUACAACAACAUCGGUUCCGUGUAUGAUAACAUGGGCGAGUACUCGAAAGCACUUUCAUCGUAUGAACGAUCACUUGAAAUCAAGAAAAUAGCUCUCCCUCCGAAUCAUCCCGACUUGGCUGCUUCCUACAACAACAUCGGUAAUGUGUAUGAUAACAUGAACGAGUACUCGAAAGCACUUUCAUCGCAUGAACGAUCACUUGAAAUCCAUAAAAUAGCUCUCCCUCCGAAUCAUCCCGACUUGGCUGCUUCCUACAACAACAUCGGUUCCGUGUAUGAUAACAUGGGCGAGUACUCGAAAGCACUUUCAUCGUAUGAACGAUCACUUGAAAUCCAGAAAAUAGCACUCCCUUCAAAUCAUCCACAUAUUGCUCUAGUGAAAAACAACAUUGAAAUUGUAAAAAAGAAAAUGUAA